AUGGUCGGCCUCGAUAAUAAUACCCACCAAAACGUCACUGACUCCGAAGACGACGUCUGUGAACCACAAAUUGUAUGCGAACAAUCCGACCGCUUUCUUCAUGACGUUCUAACGCGACGUAUACGACAGCCUGACCAUUGGUACAAUGGGUUCACUUCAAACGCUUUCUGGGAGGGCAACCGCGCUUGGCUACUCCGCAGAGGUCUUCACCUGUACGACAUUGAAGAUCCACCUGUUUGGCACCAAAUUCCAGGCAGAUAUUGGCUUUCCCCCACCAAUGCAUCAUCCCUCCAAGUGGAAUUGCCGUGGGCCAAAGUCGCCAGAACAGGAGGGCAGCCAAUUCCGGCCUUUCGAACAGCUGGACAAAUUGCCCCUGCUCGAGAUUCAUCUGGCAGGGAUGUCAUCCUGAAAGCGAUUGGCCGAAAUGAUCAGGAGAACAUCAUAUGUAAAUCUCUUCUGGGAGCUGUGGAGCACACUGACCCGUCGACAUUUCCGUACAUCGUUCCUCCGUUGGCCGUACUGGACACCCCCUACGACUAUUCGAUCGUGAGCAUGCCGAGAUGGGGAGAGAUAGCUUGGAUCAAGGACAUAGACAGCCCUCGUGAAUGCUUGCGGUUCAUCGAUUGCAUGCUCAGAAGUCUUGUAUUCCUGCACGCUCGUCGCAUCGCUCAUCUCGACAUUAUAACCGUCAACAUCCUCGUUGAUUACUUCAGGCUUGACAACGAUCUGGACGCACUCGAAUCUGACGUGCGCGAGUGUCGGAAUCAAGGCGACAUUGAGCAUACAUUCGCCCUAAUCGACUUUGGCGUAUCAAUGCAGCUUCCUCUGCAUGAAUCGCUGAGGACGUGCCGCCGGCCGGCGUCGGAGUUCAUCGGAAACAGAGCGUUUCCUCCCGAUGACAUGAUAUGGGGAGCCCCGUUCUGCAACCCGUUUGCCUAUGACGUUGGGUCAAUGGGAAACAUAUUCCGACGUUAUUGGGCGCCUAUGGCGGCUCAUGUGCCCUCUCUUGCACCUUUGUUCGACCGGAUGACGACACACGUACUCCACGAGAGAUUCACUGCAGAGGAAGCUCUCUGUUUUUUCCGGGAUACCACCUCCCAUCUUUCAGCAGAAACAUUGGAUACAAAAUGCUCGACCGAGCUGAACUGGUCGGUGACUAGCGAUGCGUACUGGUCGAGGCUAUCUCCGCAGGAUCAGGCGACCUGGAGGAGACACCGGACACCGCCCCUUCCUUGGUGGACGCCCGUCCUGGAAUGGCUCCUCCAGACCGAUACCGCUUGGUUCGCGCUCGCACAUGUGCGUCGACUUCUCGGUAUUUAA